GGCUUUGGGGCGCCUCGGCCGCGCUCCUGGCGGCGGCCGGCGGGCCAUGGGGGGAAAGAGCCUGAGCCUCGGCGUCCUCAGCCUCGGCGCCCUCCUCCUCCUCCUCCUCUUCCUCCUCCCGGCCGCCGCCUCCGGGGGUGCGGAGCCGCCGCCGAGCUGCGAGGGUGUGCGGAAAGUUUUCCAGCUGCGGCAGCUGGGACCCCUGCGAGGCAUCCCGGAGUCCCCGCGGGCAGGGGUUGAUCUCCAGGUUUGUACUUCUAAAAAUCCAACAUGUUGUACCAAAAAGAUGGAAGAAAGAUAUCAGACUGCAGCGAAGCAAGAUAUACAGCAGGUGCUUCAAACAUCAAGCGCUAUGUUAAAAUUCUUAAUAUCUCGUAAUGCAGCUGCUUUUCAAGAAACCUUUGAAACGCUUAUCAGACUGGCUGAGAAUUACACGAGCACACUUUUCUGCAAUGCGUAUAGAAACAUGGCUGCUGAGGCUACGGCACACGUCCAGGAGUUUUUCACAGAUGUUGGACUCUUCAUAUUUGGCGCAGACGUUAGCACAGAGGAAUUUGUCAACAGAUUUUUUGACACCCUGUUCCCAGUAGUCUACAACCACGUAAUUAACCCUGGCCUGACCGACAUUUCACUGGAGUACGCGGAGUGCCUCCGAACGGCGCGAAGAGACAUCAAGCCCUUUGGUAACGUUCCCAAAAAGGCCAUAGGACAGAUGGCAAGAUCCCUGUUACCCAGCCGGACUUUCUUGCAGGCUCUGAAUUUGGGGAUUGAAGUGAUCAACACAACGGAUCACCUGCAUUUCUCUAAAGACUGCAGCCGAGCUUUGCUGAGAAUGCAGUACUGCCCCCAUUGCCAAGGGCUGACUUUAAGCAAGCCCUGCAUGGGCUACUGUCUCAACGUCAUCCGAGGCUGCUUAGCUAACAUGGCAGAAGUUGAUCUUCACUGGCGGGGAUACGUUCAGUCCAUGGAGGAGCUCUCGAGCGCCAUGAGUGGGACCAACGACAUCGAGCACGUGCUUCUAAACUUUCACGCCCUUGUUAAUGAGGCUCUCCUACAGGCUCGUAUCAAUGGACCACAAUUAUCUCAGCAGGUGAACAAGGUAUGUGGUCCUCCUGUAAGGAAGCCUACUCAGUCUCCAGGUUGCUCCUUUGAUCAGAACAAAGAUAAUCAAGGAGUCAAGAUAUUCUCAAGAGACAGUGAAGAAACCCUCACCAGCAGAAGAAAAGAAUUUAUCAGCCACCUCCGGCUCUACAGGGCGUUUUACGGCGGCCUGGCUGAUCAGCUGUGCGGUAACGAGUUGGCAGCUGCAGAUGGACUCCCGUGUUGGAAUGGAGAAGACAUUGUAAGAAGCUAUACUCAUCGUGUGGUUGGCAGUGGAAUCAAAGCUCAGUCUGCAAAUCCAGAAGUAAAAGUGAAGGGAACAGAUCCUGUAAUAAGUCAAAUUAUUGACAAGCUGAAACAUGUUAUUCAGCUGUUACAGGGCAAAUCAUUUCCUAAAUAUCAUAAAUGGGAUCUCCAACAAACAGGCAGUGGUGGAGGUGUGGAUGAACAAAUCAGUGGAGACUGUGAUGAUGAAGAUGGUUGUGGAGGAUCAGGAAGUGGUGAAGUCAAAAGAGUCCUGAAAAUUACAGACUCAGGGAUGCCAGACAAGACGAACCUCAGUGACGUAAAGCAAAUCCAUCAAACCGAGGAUGGCAGCACUUUAGAUGCAACUGGAGCAGGAUGUACAACAGUGGCUGAUUAUAUGACAUUUAUGCUGAUUACUUUGGUAACACUAUUUCUCAGUCUUUGGUAACUGUUUAGCUCUGGCUUGAUAUAUGUGUCUCAUUGUCAUCUGUUUAUCCCCACUCACAAGCCCGGAAUAAGGGAUCUGGUGGGUACAGCUAUAUUUAUGAUAGCUUGUGCGGUAUCAGUCUCUUUCUGAUAUUAAGCCUGAAUAUUAACAAAGUUGUUUUCGUAAUAUUUUUCCUGUGGGUGGUUUUUUUUUUUUUUACACCUGAGUAGUCAUGCAAAAUCAUGUGGUUUUUUAUAAUAUUUUAUGUAAAAAAUAAAGUGACUAGAUAUCACAGAAUCACCAAGUCCUGGAAGAGGGCCCCGGAGAUGAUCUAGACCAAUCCUGUGCAGAGUAGAGUCAGCCAGAGCAAGCUGCCCAGGGCCAAGUCCAGUCAGUAUUUGACUGUCUCCAAUGAUGGAGACUCUACACCUCUUUGGGCAACAUGCUCCAGUGACUGAAUAAACAGCUAAAAAAUUUUUUUUCUUACAUUUAAAUGUUAUCUAUUGUAUUUCAGUUUGUGCCCAUUGCCUGUUGUCCCGUCACUGGGCACCACUGAAAAGAGUUUGGCUCCAUCUUCUUUAUUCCCCUUAUCAGGUAUUUAUACACAUUGAUAAGACACCCCCCUGCAUCUUCUGUUCUCCCGCUGAACAGCCUCAACACUCUCAACCUCUCCUGUGUAUGUAUCCCUUAAAAAUCUUCAUGACACUUUACAGGACUCUAUCCAGUAUGUCCAUGUCUCUCUUAUCCUUAGGAGCCCAAACCUGGACACAGCACUGUAGAUAUGGUCUCACCAGUGCUGAGUAGAGAGGGAGGAUGACAUCCUUUGAUGCACUGGCAAUGUUUUUCCUAAGUCAGCCCAAGAAGCUGUUGGUUGUCUUUGGUGCCAGGGCACAUUUUUGGCUUGUGUUCAACUUGGUGUCCAUCAGGGUCUCCCAGGUCCUUCUCUGCAAAACUGCUUUCCAGAUAGUUCGCAACAGCACAUACUGGUGCAUGGGGUUAUUCCUCCCCAGAUGCAGGAUUUGGCAUUUCCCUUUCUUUAAUAUCAUGAGGUUCCUGUCAAGCAAUUUCUUCAGCCUGUCAGGAUCCAUCUGAAUGGCAGAACAACUAUCUAGUGUAUCAGCCACUCCUCUUAUUUUUGUAUCCUCUGUGAGAACUUGCUGAGGGUGCAUUCUGUGGCAUCACUCAGGUAAUUAACGAAGAAGUCAAACAGUAUCAACCCCUGGGCUAAACCUAAGAGUAACUGGUCUCCACGCAGACUUUGUUCUGCUGUUCACAACCCUACAUACAAAUGAUAGCAACUGAUGAAAAAGUUGCUCAGCACUUUAUGAGUUUUUUAUUUGAAGUCCUGCCUUCUGAGUUGCGAUCCCUAUAGAACAGAAAACUUUGAAUUUUCCCUUCUCUCUUUCUCCAAAAAGUUAAAAAAAAAGAUCCUCAGUGUAAACUCAGACAAUUUUAGUAGGAAUUACUUGUCAUAGCUCAGAAAAACUACAUAUUCAAUACCGUGUUUGUAUAUGCAGAUAUACAUACAACUGCAUUUUAUCUAGAGAUAACAGCAAGGUUAGGAUUCAAUGUUGGAUUAAGAUCUCAAUCUGUAUUUACAUAUGCGCUAUAUGUCUAUUGCAUAUGUGUUAUACAUCUAAGCCGUCAUUGCAGUCCAUGGAAAUACAGGGUAACAUCCAAUUGCUAAAAUAUCAGUAAUGAGUGCCAGUUGAGAUGUUGUAAGAAAACCCACUUAGUGUCCAGCUCCUGAAGGGGCUUGGGUCUUUCUGUGGGGAAGUGACCUGAGCCCUUUGUCAAUACAGUUAAUGAAGCCCAGUGAGUUAUUCACCCUAUAUGAAGACAGACACCUAAGGAAGCAACUCAGUUGCCCAAAAGUAAGUGUCUGGUGCUACCUAAGAUUUCUUUGAAUAUCCAAGACAUCCUCAUGGGACUGGCACAUAUGACAUAUGACACAUAUGACACUGGCCUUAUGGGAAAUUCCAGAGGCUUCCUUAAAUGGGAGACAUCCAGAGUGCCAGCUCAUAGCUAAGUGGGAUAUUCUUGUGUAUCUCAAAUAGAUCUAGACAUGCAUAUGUGGGCCCAUGAAUCAUACACCAGGCCUCCAUUAGUAAUAUUGGGAGCUUAGAUACCUAGUCACGUGGUGACACAUGAAUGCAAAUCUGAAUCACAACAUGAAUUGCAGCUCAAGUUCUUAUGCUUUAUACAAUAACGUAGGCUAAAGUGUUCCACGUGUCUAAGGGUACAUUAUAUAUUACUGUUAUAAGAUUUUAUUAUCCUGCCAUGACUAAUUCCCAUGUCAUUUUAACCAGAAAGUAUUUAAGAAUAUUUUUUAUUUAUUUCUCCUUUCCAGGAGAAAAAAAAGAAAAAAGGUACACUACUGUGUGCACUCAUACUGUACCUAGAACUCUUCCUAGACUAAAAAAAAAUUAUUUUAUAUGAGACUAAUAUAAAGAAAAGUAUGUAAAUAUUUCUAUUCCCAGAUGCAUGCAUUAGUCAGUGUGCACAGUAUAACAUAGAGGCAAACAGAUAUAAAAUUUUAAAAAGCAAGUAAACAUUCCUAAGAGCAAUUCCAUGCCCAGAUAAACAUCAUUAGCAGGCGUGUGUGUAAGUGUGCCCAUUUUACCUGACCUCUUUUUUCUUUUGCAAGUUUUGUAAACCUGUCCUUCAAAUUCACUUGUCUUCUUGUCUCAGGAUACUUUGAAAUUAUGACAUUGGUAAUUCAGGGAAAGAAAAUCUGAUUUCAGUAUUUUUCAUUUUCAUACCAGCUCAAACCAGAAAUUAAUCAAGUCCAGCUAUGUUUUUUUAAACAACAACUAGUACCAGUCACUUCAAGAAAAACCAAAUACAGCUUUGAAUAGGAGAUUCAGAAACUGAGAAAAAGAAUUAUCAAUACCCAUUACUAAGAAUUUGAUUUACACUCUAAAAUACUUUGUUUUCAUUCCUCACUUUUGUGUGUAGUUCAAGACCAAUGGCCCCAGGUAGUCAAAGAGAUAACAUUUUAUUCUUAUAGCACCUUGGAAAUACAAUCCCCAUUUUCAAAUAAUGAUAGUAAUUAGGUUCUAACCCUUCUUCAGAUAUAUGUUAAUUAGGGUAUGUUAUCCUGCAGUUUUUUCAUGGCCUGCUCCCCCUAUUUUCUACACUGCACCUAUGAAAAAUAAUUUCUAAGAUUCCUUCUGGAGUGACAAAUUAGGUCUUUUCCUCCCAGACACAUAUGAAGAAUCUAGGUCUUGGGGCUGCUCCUACAGACAAUACAAAUACAAGAGUGGCAGAUCUGGAGUUCCCUCACUCACCCCUCAGCCACAAGACUUCAUUCACCCUCCUGUCCCAUCCAUCUCAAUGCACCACCACACACUCUACGUCAUUGCCUGGACUCAAAUGUCUUCCAGGUUGCAUCAUGAUUCCUUCCUCAAAUCUAACAAAUUAUAAAGAAAUAGUUUUGUUUCUUACAGAACUACCAAAAAAAUCAGAGCAAGGAGAGGACACUUGCCUCAUAGGAAGCCAAGGCUGGUUUACAAUUUGUGUCAAGGUCACUUUGCAAGAGAGGUACCCUGGCAAGAAACUGUGGGAACAUGGCAGGAUGUUGAAGUGUAGCUCCAAGUUUGGCAACUAGAAAAAAAGACCCCUUAAACAUUGCCUGUAUUAAAGCCAGCAAUUAAAUGAGGAAUAGCACUGAGCAGAAAAAUGUAGAGUAAGUUAGAGAAGGCAGGAGGAGAAAAAGAGAAAAGAGCCUAAAUUGGGGAUCAUGACAAUACAGUGGAAAAAAAUCUGUAUCUAUAUGAAAGGGUGGACUGUAUGCAGUAUGUAUGUGAGCCACUCUGGGUCAAUUGCCUUGGGACACAGAGGCUUUUCCCAACAGCAGGUCAUGCCAGCACAGGGCUCACACUGAGCUCCCCACAUGACCUGAAAAAUGGCACCUGGGUCAAGGUUGCUCUGAGUACUUUCAUUUGGUUUUACUCAUUUUUAACAGCUUAAAACUUCUCUGUAUCUCACAAAACCUUUGUUGAAUAAGACUUUUGUUUUGUUUUGUUUUGCUUUCUUUUAAAUAGACUUUUAUGAAAAAUAGCUGAUAUGGUUUAAAGUAGGGAUGCGUUACUCAACAAGUACCAUUUUUCAGACACUCAUUCAAAUGCUGUUUAUAGUAAAACUGCAAUGGAUAUCACUGUGUACCUAGUCUCAAUACAAUUUAAAAAAGCAGCAAGCAUAAGGUGAGAGAGAUUUGUAGGGAAUAAUUUAUUAGAGGACAGUGCUGUUACUUGUAAAACAAUAUUUUAGAAAAAGAAUAAUUCUCAAAAUACAACAUUUCAAAAAUUCAUUAUAUUUUUAUUUGAUAAGAUUGAGCUAUUCUUCUUGAAUGUCCGUUUCUUAUUUUCUUUAGACAUACAUAUAUGUUUAAAUGCACCUUGUAUCUCCUAGGAAAAAAGGUCCUGAAGUACUUUUUCUCAUAACUAAUGUACUAGCAUUUCAAAUAAAUACUUUAAAGUGACAACUUUCCUCAGUGCAGCUGGUGAAAGAGAACAAAAAGCAUUUAUUUCCUUCAGAAGCAAAUCUCAUUGUUCCUUUCAUGACUAACAAAAGAUGAGGCAUAACUAUAGCCAUGUAACAGGUUAUCUUUGUCUUUCUCUCAUUCUAUAGAUAGGUAGAUACAUAUAUACAUUGUUUAUUUCUGUUUAUAGCUGUAUUUUUAUAUGUUUACUAAGAUAAUAUUCUUAUUCAGAUUAUAACAGGGUUUAGACUAAUUUAUCAAAGAUUUCAGAUUAACCUCAAUAUUUCCAUAGCAUCGUCUCAGGAGCAUGAAAUAAUAUAAGGGGUUGAAGCGAUCUCUGCUUAGUCAAGUUCAGUUCUAUUCUGAAACACUUAUGUAAACAUGAAUUUUGUUUACUAAAUGUUGCCUUUUUCUACAUGCUCUGAGUUACAACUGAUAAUAAUAGGAAUUGUAAAAAAAAAGUUGUUUCUAACUACAUCAGAGUAAAAAGCUAAUGUAGCUCUAGUAAAAUGCAGAUUCUACUCUCAGCAAGUUAUUUGUAAAGUUCUAACUCCUAAUUCUUUCUUCCUGGUCAUGUAUGAACAAAAAAUCUGGCUUGACAGGUUUUGUCAGACAAAAUUUGUAUGUCUGGCAGUUGGAUACUUUACCUUUUACUUCAUUUUGGAACUUAUAAAUGUGAAAUGUUAGAGAUGAUACACCUGGUACCCCAUGAAGCUCUUUUACCAGCUCAGGCUGAAGAGGAAUAACAUGCUGAGCUUCUCUUGGAUGGGAGGACUCAGUCGAUGCAUCUCAUCACAUCUUACAGUGCAGAGGGCUGUGCAAAGAUCACCUGCUGUGCGUCCCUAAUUUAGGUGUCACAACUAUGUCUCUCCAGGUUUCUCAGGCAGUCUAAAUCAAUUGUUAGUCUCCUGAAUUUAAGUGACAAGGAGGGUUUUUCUCAGUGGCAGUUUCUGAUUUUCGUGCUUCUCUCAAUGUCACUGUCUCUCUCAUUUGUGCUAGUACAAGAGUUUACAGGACCACACUGUGAAACUCCUCAGGGUAUUUCUGACCCAAAGGAUCUCCUUGAUCCAGUUGACCUUGCGUCACAGAUGAUGACAGACAGACAGGGUGGCCACAGUGCUCAUAGCAGUUUAGUCACACGCUUACAGCAAGCGGACACAAUGUUAGGUACAAUAAAACAUUUUAAUAGUGUAAACACAUCACACAAAAAAAUUCUUUUUACAGUUGCACCUUGUGCAAGGAUUCAUAUUUCAGUAUAUAAAGCAGGAUUUGGCCGUUAAAAAAAUCAUGGCAAAGUCUCAUUUUAUUCAUUCACAUGCCACACAUGAAAGACUGUAAGAGAUCUCUUUUGCUGUUGGGCAAAAACAUACUGCCUAACACAUACAUCAGUAUACCUUACCCUGAGCUAUUUCCCUUUCUUUGUCCCCUACAGCUGUGUCAGUAGGGGAUUGGUAUUGUAUAGUAGGAGAACGUGCUUUCCUGUUUACUUGUAGUUUAUUUAUAUGUAUAGCUAACACCUUUGUGCUGGCUGUUAAAAAUAUUUUUCAUGUCUGUUCAUAUUCCUGGUUUUUGGCAGACUGAGGUGUUUGUAAAAUCCUUGUCUUUCACCUUAUUAUUUCUUAAAUGAUGAAAAGUUUGUCAAGUAAAACAAAAUAUGGGAUACCAGGCCUUCAAAAAGGUAAAAAGCAACAUGAUCCUGAAGAAUAAAUGUUGCUUGUCAUGUAUAUCUUUAGUAAGCUAUAAAAAAUGCUGUGCUCAUAAUUUCAAGGCAUGGGCCAGGUUCUUCUUUUAAACAUUUGUGAUGCUACGGAAUUCAAUGGAUAUAACUACAAGCAUAGCUUGGCUUUAUAUUAUCAACAUCCAAAACUGAACUGAUACCUUUAAUACAGUAAGAUUGUUUCUAGAAAAGCACAACUACAUUACAGGUAAUAGCAAUUUGUAUUUCUCUGCUCUAUAGUGGUUAUAUGUAUACCAUGACAAAUAAAAAUUUAAUUUAGCAAAUAAAAAAUUAUAUUGUGAAAUCUUACCUAUAUGAAUCUAAUGAAAAAAUCAUGUAUUUUCCUAUGAAAUAUAUAACUUGAUGUUAAAAUUUUCAGCAUUUUAGUAACCUAAACAGCAAGAGUAAGAGGAAACUACUUGUGCUCAAAUAUGUAAGUAAACUUGCACGCUAAUCCGUGGUUAAAUGAGUAUUUUAAAAUAUUAUCCUAAUUUAUUUGAUUUCAACAUUUUGCUCUGAAAAUCCUGUUUCUCUCUAGCACUUUAUAAAACCACUAAGACCAAGGACAGCUCUUGACAAUUCUAUGGGAAAUGUUGAGCUAUACCCUCAACAGGCAAAAAGGGGCCUAAACUAUAUCAUAUUAGUUAUGGUGUUCUGUGAAUAAAAAACACAAAAGAUCAGCUUUAUGGAAGACUGUUAAGUAUCCGUGCAAUUUCAAAUCCUAGGAAACACUGCAAACCCACUGAUUAAA